GCUUCCGCUGGUGGGAAUUACUCGUGUCGCAGAUUCGACAGAAAUUUUGUACACACGUAAUGCAAAAUUCGCUCUAAAUCUAAAGUGGAGACUAUAUUUAGUCGCAUGAUGGCGCGUGCCCAUUGAUAAAUUAGUUUUAUUUUAGUGCUCACGCGCUGGAGAAAUGGAUGCACAGGGAGCAGCUGGUUCUGUAUUCAUGUGUCGGCUGUGCAACCUCUUCUCUCCAAGUCGCCCUCUGCUCCUGGUCCAUUGCUCCCAGGAGCAUCCCCAGCAGGAGCCUCCUGGUGAUGUCAUCAUUGCGCUGCAGCCCCUUGCAUCAGAGCCUGUGGAGACUUAUAGUCCACAGGAGACAACGACAGAGGGCCCAGCGAAGCGAAAGCGAGGACGACCAAAAGGCUCCACGAAGAAGUCCAAGACCGACUCCACCCAUUUGCUAGCGGAUAAUUCUCAUGGACAGGAAGAGGAGAAUAAAAAGCAGGGAGGCCCACAAAAUGGCUCAAUAGAAGGUGAAAGCCACACUAGGAUUUUGGAACUUAAUUGUAAAAAAUGCCAUCGCAGCUUCAGCAACAGACGACAGAUCCUCAAACACAUAUGUCUGAGGGGAGAUGAGGGGGACAACGAAGAGGAGACUGGGGGAGACUUUGUCGAAGAAGAUGUUGAGGAUUCUGGAUCUUUGGACCCUGAGGAAGCUGCUCCAAUCAAGAAGAAGCAAAACACAGAGAAGGCAGAAAAAACCAUUGGCAGAUUCAGAUCCCAGAGAAGUGGCCGAAGCCAAAUAUCCAAAGAAGGAGACGCAGCAACAGAAAACAAGAAAUCAGUCAUCAGCGUUGUUCUGAAAGAAGAUCAGACUCUUCCAGGUGUUUUUAAAAUGGUUCCAGUAGAGAACAGUUCAGGGGAUACAGAGUCUGCUCAGGUCACCGAGCCGUCUGCAGUCGUCCAGAGUCAGUCACAAGACCUUUCAAGCGAAGCCACCAUCUCGGACAAUAACUCUGAAAAGGACCAAGAGCCGAGCUCCAACCCAACCUUCACAACAACAACAACAACAGAAGCAGCAGCCAGCAGAGGCUUCCAGGAAUAUUCUAUCAAGCAAAAUAAUACCAAUUUACCUCAGAGCCAGCUGAAGAUCUUCACCUGUGAGUUCUGUAAAAAGAUCUUUAAGUUCAGACACUCGCUGGUCGCUCACCUCAGGACGCACACGCAGGAGAAACCCUUCCUGUGUCCACACUGUGACUACGCAUCCGCCAUCAAAGCCAACCUGAACGUUCACCUGAGGAAGCACACAGGACAGAAGUUCAGCUGUCAGCACUGUUCUUUCACCUGCCUCAGCCCAGGACACCUCAAGGUCCACGUAGAGCGAGUCCACAUGAAGGUGAAGCAGCACUGCAGCUUCUGUGCGAAAAAAUACUCGGAUGUCAAGAACUUGCUGAAACACAUGGAGAAGCAUCACAACCUCAAAGACCCUAAGGUCCACCAGAGCUACCAGGAACUGAGUUUAAAGACUCGUCAGGGCCUAAGACAGCUCCUGUACCACUGUCCCACCUGUAAACGACGCUUCAAGAACCAGCUGGAGCGGGAGCGUCACCUGUUGGUCCACGGGCCUCUGCGUCCCUUCGCCUGCCUGCUCUGUGACCAUGCGGCAACCAAGCUGGACGCCCUCGCCGCUCAUGUCAAGAAGCACCUCUUCCUGUACAUGUGCUCCGUGUGUGACGGGAAGUUUGUCAGCUGCCAGAGACUAAAGAGUCACCUGAAAGAGUCUCACGCCGACCUGGACCAGGAGCAGGCCUUCAGCGACUGUAUCGAUAACAGCUACUUUCUGAAACAGCCCGGAGGAGACGCGAGGGGGGACGAGGAGAGGGUGGACACGGAAGGAGGCGGACAGGAGGAGCCCAGGACAGAGCAGGAAGGGGAAGAUGAGAGGAUGAGAGAGGAAGGUGGAAGUAAUGGUGUCGGAGGGGAACAGGAAGAGCCCAGGAGAGAGCAGGAAGGUGAAGAUGAGAGGAUGAGAGAGGAGGGUGGAAGUAAUGUUGUCGGAGGGGAACAGGAAGAGCCCAGGACAGAGCAGGAAGGUGAAGAUAAGAGGAUGAGUGAGGAGGGUGGAAGUAAUGGUGUCGGAGGGGAGGAGAUGCCUGGUGGUGAAGCAGAGAGGCUGGAAACUGUCGCAGGGGAAGAGAGGGAGAAUGAGGGGGAAGAAGCUAGAGCUCAGGGUGAAAGUUUGGAAGAUGAGCAGGUCAAAGAAGAAGAAACACAAGACUUGAUUUCUAUAGAAACUUCAACUCCCACUGACACACAGGACAAAACCACAGCUGGGGAAGCAGCACAGGCCAACUCGGAAGACCCAUGCACCCCUGCAGCCGAGAAUAUUGACAGUAACGAACACAACACAAAAACUUGUCCAUCACCGGAGAACAAUCACAGCCCUCACACGGAGGAGAGGACUCAAGAAAACACACAUGCAGCCAAAAACACAGACGCACCUUCUGCAUCGGGAAACUCAGACUUACCUGAUUUAGGAGUAAACACACCUUCUUCACCGGUACCUCCAGGGACAGAGGAUCAAACCCCACAUUCAGAGAAGAGUGCAUUCCAGCAGGUGUUUUCAUCUCUUCAGAAGACUCCCCUCAACAUGGAGACUUUCCAGCAGCUCAGGAGACUUUACGGAGACUUAGAAUGCCAGUACUGUGGUAAACUGUUCUGGUACAAAGUCCAAUAUAACAUCCAUGUGCGCACCCACACCAAGGAGCACCUGCAUUACUGUACAAAGUGUAGCUACUCAUCCAUCACUAAAAGCUCCUUAAAGCGGCACCAGAUCCAGAAGCACAGCGGGUUGCUGCUGCCUUGUUCUAAUCCCGGCUGUAAAUACACCACACCCGACAAAUACAAGCUACAAGCCCAUCUGAGGACGCACCAGGAACAGGGGAAGACUGUGUCCUGUCCCGUCUGCCAGCAAAGCUUCACAAAGAACAAGCUAAAAAACCACAUGAAAACAUCCCACCCCGAUGGGCGGCCUGUGCGGGGUAAAGGAUUGAUUUCGCAGCGUGCGAAGAAGUGCCCGUACUGUGACUCCUACUUCCUGAGGAAGAGCAGAGAGUUUAAGCAGCACAUCUGGGCCCAUGAAGGUCUGAAGCCGUUCCUCUGCAGCUUGUGUGAGUACACAGGUCGCAGCAAGAGUAACCUCAAGUCUCAUAUGAAUCGACACAACACUGAGAGACCUCAUCUGUGUGAUCUGUGCGGUAAAAAGUUCAAAUCGAAAGUCACCCUGAAAUGCCACAGACAGAGCCACACAAAAGAAGGGAAGCGGUUUCAAUGUUCGGAGUGUGACUUUGCCGCGGUCUCUAAACCUUCCCUGCUCAGACAUAAGGAGCAACACUCUCAAUUUAAGCCAUUCCGUUGUGCCCACUGCCGCUACUCCUGCAACCUCACUGGUCCUCUGAAGCGACACUACAGCUUGAAACACCCAGAACAGAAAUAUGAGAAUGCCGGAACCGGGCUGCCCACCGCUGAUGCUCUGAAACAGCAAGGUGGAAAGAAGUGUCCGGAUUGUGACUUUGUUUACGGCACCAAGUGGGAGCUGAAUCGCCACAUGAAGAACAAACACAUCCAGAGAGUGGAAACCUGGGAGACUGGUGAGACAAUCGAGGCCCACUAUGUGACUGAAGAGAUGCUGACAGAAGAACCUGUAGCAGUGCUGCACGAUAACGUUGAUAUCCAGGAGAUCACUGAGUUCAGUUCAGAGACUCAUGACGCUGUCACCUCCAUGGUCGCCAUGGCUCCAGGCACUGUUACCGUCGUACAGCAGUUUCAGGGGGGCGACGAACAGGAAAUUGAGAACUGCGGCGAGCAGCUGAUGGUGGUGAACGAAGACGGGGACUUAACCGGUGACCAGGUGAUGGUGGUGGAGGAUGAACACGGCCUGGAGGCUCUGACCGUCCUCACUCAGGGAGAAAACACCCACCACUAUAUCGUCUAUGUUCAGGAACACACUGUAGAAAUCAACUAGCAAUGCUAGAAUUUCAACAUAAGAUUAUUGACCUAUCCACACUGAGUGGCUCACUGAUUAUAGAUCAGUUAGCAAAUGUAAAUAACCUCAAAUGUACAAAAUGAACAAUAAAAUCAUGAUUUAGUAAA